AACAAAAUGGCGACGAAUUCAGGGUACGGAAGGUAAAACGAUUCGUGUGUUAUUUUAACACAAUCUCAUUCCGGACAGAACACUCAUGUCAGGGAAAUCAUUCGAUGUUCAUUAUGCAUCAUCUAGCUACUCUGCUACGGUUGCCACUAUUUUCCUGUUCAACCUCCUUGUUGGUGUGGGAAUUCUUGCCCUUCCAUCUGCUAUUGCAAAAGCUGGAAUUUUUGCAGGUGUUCUUUGUCUCAUCACUGUGUCUUUCAUGGCAUUUAUUAGUGUAACCUUCAUGAUUGAAGUACUAGCAACUGCUAAUGCUUGGCGAAGAACAAAAUCAGUUUGUAGAAAAGGCAGUGUGAAAGGAGGCCUGCUUCAAAAUGAAAGUAUGGAAGAAAAAAGUCAAAUCAAGGUCAAGACUGAUGUAAUAUCUCCUCCAUUGUUUGAAAUUGAAGAGAAAUUUGAGAUGGGCUAUUUGUCAGAGAUAUUUCUUGGAAGUGUGGGAUCUACAUUCUUCUAUGCAGUUCUUUGUUUGUAUUUAUAUGGGGAUCUUGCAAUUUAUGCAGUAUCAGUUGCUACAACAUUGGAGCAAGCUGUUGGUACCAGCCAUCAAAUAUCUUAUUAUUCUUUCCUCUGGGGUUUUAUCAUGUUCAUUGGACCAUUUUGUUUCUUCAAUUUCCAAAAAACUACAUAUCUUCAAAUGUUUACAAUGGUAAUGAGGAACUCUGCUAUGGUGUUAAUGAUUGUGCUGACACUACUGGACAUUGCAAAUGGACACAGAGUACCAACAGACCAGCUGAUAUUAUGGGAUACAGAUAAGGCUAAGGAGCUCUUAGGCAUGGCAGUGUUUGCAUUCAUGUGUCAUCACAGUGUUCCAUCCAUCAUUCUUCCUCUGGCUGACAAAAGAAAAACUCUGCAAGUUGUUUUGGUGGACUAUGUGAUAGUUCUUCUCUACUGUGGCAUCAUUGUUUUCUCUGCAGUCUUAAAUAAACCAGCAUCAGCCAUCCUUCCACUUUAUACAUUAAACUUUAGUGACCACUCUGUUACUGUCUUGGCAAAGUUUCUCAGCCUUUAUCCUGUAUUUACACUGAGUAGCAACUUUCCUCUGAUCUGUAUAACUUUGAGGAAUAAUUUGAUGGCACUAUUUCCAGUUUCAAAGAGCUUAAUAUUUAGCCAGCAGAUCUUCACACUUGUGGCCCUUAUGCCACCUGUUGUUAUUGCAGUGUUUACACAUGAUGUUGGUCAGCUUGUUGCACUUACAGGCUCCUUUGCAGGGUUAGCUAUCAUGUUUGUGACUCCAGGUCUUCUUGCUUUGUACUCAAGGAACAAGCUGGAUAAAUCUGUUCCCCAUUGGAGGCAAAUGCACCACCACAAGUCUCCAUUUCAAAGUAAUGCGUGGGUCUACCUGACUUUGGCAUUUGCUGCCUUUGUGCUGAUGACAAGAAUAUUUUGAAUACAGCAAGUUCUUAGUUUUAUUAAAAUUGAUGAAACCAUGUAGCAGAAUGAAUUCAUAUAUAGUAUUUCAAGGAAAAUCAUGUGGCAAAAGCAAGCUUUAAAUAUGGAAUAUUUUUCUCUUGCAAAUAGAAGAUGAGAUAUAAUGAUAACCUCUUAACUUAUAUUUGCAACAAAAAAGCGACAGAAAUAACAACAAAAUACAUUAAACCAAACAAGCUUCAAAGAGAGUAUAUUAUAACAGGAAAUAUGAGUUAUUUAAUAAAAGUAUUUAAGACAGAAACUGUCAAUUGCAAUUGUGACAAUUAAAGACAGAAAUUGAAAUUGUAUCCUUUUUGUAUCCCAGACAGUAUGAGAACAAUGACAUCAUGUAAAGAUUUUAAGACAGCCAUAAAGAAAAAGAAAAUGAAC